AUGUUCGUGACAGGAGUGUUGCUUUUUAUUCUUCUUGAGCUGUUUGCGCAGGCCUCACAAGCAUUCAAAGCAUUGGAUCCUGAAGAGGCAUGGUACGUGUACGAGCGCUGUCAUGAAGAUCACCUUCCAUCGGGACCGAACAGGGAAACUUAUCUGAAAACAUGGAAAUUUUGGAAGCUGGAACCCAACGAUGCCGUCACACACUGCUACGUUAAGUGUACGCUGGCAGGUCUGCAAAUGUACGACGAAAAGACCAAAACAUUUAAGCCCGAAACGGUUCCCGUACAGCAUGAAGCUUACAAAUCAUUUACCGAGGUCGAAUCCAGCAAAGUCAACGAGUUACAGCAAGCCUUAUCCUCGCUCAAUGCCGGAAGUGGUAGCUGCGCGGAGGUGUUCAAUGCUUACCUCCCCGUGCACAACAAGUAUGUCGGUGUUACUCGGAAAAUAUACCAUGGAACAGUUGGCAGUGUAGCUAAAAUCUAUGAAGCAAAACCAGAAAUCAAGAAACAGGAAGAGUCUUUCUUUGCGUACUGUGCGAAGAAGGCUUUGGGUGUAAAUGGAAAGGAAGGAUAUAAGAAGUUGCGCGAUUACGAGCUUGGUGAUAAGGAAGAGUUUAGGAAUGCAAUGGAUUGUGUCUUCCGUGGUUUUCGGUACAUGGAUGAUAGUGGUUUGAAGGUUGAUGAGGUGGUGCGUGACUUCACCCUGAUCAAUAAGAGUGACCUGGAGCCUAAGGUGCGAUCAGUGCUGGCAAGCUGCACCGGAACGCAAGCGUACGAUUAUUACUCCUGCCUGCUCAACAGCUCUGUGAAGGAAGACUUUAGGAAUGCUUUCUACUUCCACGAACUACGAUCCGCAAACUACGGCUAUCUGGCGAUGGGAAAAGUUUACGAAGGCCCGGAAAAGGUUAAGGAAGAGCUGAAGAAACUAAACUAUUGA